AUGGAUAUAGCUGCGAGGGCCGGUCCAUUUAGAGGCUGGUGGGAUCAGGCAUCCUCCAGCUCCGCUACGCCGCCCCAGGGGCGGUCAGGCAAGGCGUCCGUGAAGGAGGCGGGCAUUAACGACGAUCAAGUCCUUUGCCGCACGCACGAACAUUUCGGCAUCCUCUUUACCAUGUCCAUUACCAUGUCCAAUUUGAUUGUGCACGAGACACGGCACCGAGAAGUACGGUGUGAUCAAUGCGGCGUGUGCCCCAGAUCGUUCUCUCGGCCGAGAAAGCCAUCGGGCUCGCCAGUUCGUGGUGCAUCUGCAGCUGAGGACCGACCGAACGACAAGACGUAUACAUUUCCAUCCGUAAACAAGCGAAGCGAACACAUCUCAAAUCAAGGAAAUAUCUCCCCAGGUACCUCUGAUGAAAGGGAGCCCACAACGGCAACGCCAAGUACCUCAGCUCCCGCUGUGAUCCCCUUGACCACCCCACCAUGUUGCGCCUCCCGCCUCCCGGACUUCCCCCCCCAAUGCGCUUUCAAGGACCCCCCCGCAGCAGGCUGA